CGCGUGCUCCGCGUCCUGUUGCCAUGGUAACGGCGCCGGCUCUCCUGGGAUACUUGCCGGUUAGCUAACUAGCUAACAGACCAGGCUAGUGUUUAUUUCAGGUUAUAUUAGUGACUAUCUGUAAAAUAAAGUCUGUAAAAUGCAGGAUAACUCGGUUUAUAACAGCGUUACAGCUCAGAUACCCUCACUGGACUCAGACCUGUCCUCCUCGUCAGAUAAUGAAGAGGAGAUACGAGUUUAUAGGAGACCGUCGAUCUUUAAGUUGUCACUGGAGGAAGAAGAGGAACUGUCAUUAGAGGAACCUGAGACAGAGGAUCUCCUCAAAUCCAUAACAGAGCCAUUCAGUUAUGAGACUGAAGAAGACCCUACACCCAUACACUCUGAAAAGCCCAGUGAUCAGAAAUGCCAAACAUUCACAGAACUCGAAGACUUGGAGAAGCCUGUUAUUAGCUCUAAUGAAUCUGGACGGCUUUCUACUGAAGCCACAGAUGUUCAGAAUUCACCUGAGCAUGACCAGAAGAAGGCAGACAUUGAAAUGAUUAGUGAUGAAGAGCUUACACACCCAGAACCUGAAGCUGGAGAUGCCUGUGGAACACAGUCUUUAGAAAACGAGGGACGGUUAGCAUUAUCAUUAAAACCUCUAGAAAACCUGGAUCUGGAUCAGAUUCUUCAUUCUCUGAAGCAGGAGCACAAUGAUCAUCAUGAAUGCACCAAUGAACAAGUAGAGCCAUUGACUGUUCAGCUGGUUAAAUGUCCAGAUUACAGCAAUGGAAGAGCAGACAGUAAUACAAUGAAUCAGCUGGAGACUUUCUGUAAGCAGGAGUCGAUGAAGACUGAGACGAAGAUGAUCAGCUCAUCUGAGACAAGCUCUACUCAGAGACAACAUAUAAACAGUCCCUCAGUAAAAAGAACACCUGAAGAACUGACAAAUACAUUUCAUCAUACCAAAGAGCAGCUAUGUCAGAAGAAUAGUGAUUCUCCAACUAUAUUCAUUGAUUUGCGCAUCACUGAUCAUCAGACAGAACCUCCAGCCGCUGUUUGUAACAAAUCGUCUUGUACUGACCAACUGAUGCAAGAUCCAGACAGAGGAGAGGUUGGGAAUGCACUACCAGAAGUUCCAGAAAGGAACAGGAUGCUUUCUGGGAAGUGUUUAUUACUCCAGAAAUUAAGGGAGUCAAAUCAAGCCAAAGCAGAGACGUCUAUGAAAAGGACAACCACACCUGAAGAUUGUCCUCAGGAGGAAAAGAUGUCAGGAAUAUCCAGGAGGGAAGAUCUGCACAGCUGUUUGACUCCACAUCCUGUUAAACAUCUGGAUAAAACAUCCUUACCCACAGCUACCAGUGAUGAGGCCAGUGUACGAAUGAAUAACCCACCAUCCUGACACAACAGACUUUAAAAAAAGGAGUUUAACCACAAAAAGAGAAGUGGAUCAGAUGCUUUGAGUGACUUUUGUAUUAUAGUGUUGUAAAAACAUAAAAAAUAAAACAAUAAAAACCCUUUAACUUUUUUAAAAAUAUUUCUCCCAAAAGACUUUGUAGGCCUCAUUCCACUUUUCUGUAAAAUUAUACAGUAAAAUGAUGUGCUUUACCAAAAAGCUAUAUCUUACUCUCAUCUCUCCACAAGACGUUUAGCUUACUCACGUACAUUUUGGCACUCUGUUUCAGCAGCGGUGUCCUCCUGGGUCUCCUGCCAUAGUGUUUCAUUUCAUUCAAAUAUCGACAGAUAGUUCAUGCUGACACUGAUGCACCCUGAGCCUGCAGGACAGCUUGGAUUUCUUUGGAACUUGAUUGGAGCUGCUUAUCUACCAUUGCUGACUAUUCUGAAUUGUAACCUUUCAUCAUUUUUCUCUUCCGUGCACGUCCAGGGAGGUUAGCUUCAGUGCCAUGGGAUGUAAAAUGUUAAUGUUAAAUCCAGUUAAAACUAAUUCCAUCUCUCUGCCUUCUUCCGAGUUACUGACUGCCCUCCUGUCUGACCCCCGAUACCGAUGGAUGUUGGACCCUCAGGCUCUCAUGUCCUCUGUCUGGCCAGACUGGAAGUUUCUUAAGUCAGCUCUUCUCCAUCCACCACCCACCACAGAUCAGCCGCUCAUCAUCCAUCUCACUCUAUAAGCCAUUAGUGGUGCUGCUAUUAUACUCCUGAAUAUAUAAAACCCAUGUGGAUGUAUAAAAGACUUUUUAAAUUUUAAUUUAAAAGCAGUUUGACCAGUGGUAGGAUGGUCCCCCCUUAAAUGUGAGUCUUGGUCCUCCCAAGGUUUCUUCCUCCUCCUGCAGCUCUGAGGGAGUUCUCACUGGGGGUUCUGUAUUCUGUAUUUUCUAUGUUUAAUCUUUUGCCUGAUUCUUUGUCCUGUGAUCACGUUUCUGUAAAUCUGCUUUGUGCCAACACCAGUUGUAAAAAGCGCUAUACAAAUAAAUUUGAUUUGAUUUGAUGUAAA